UAAAAAUGAAAGCUCCCCCUCCCCAAAUAAAAGAGUUGAAACAAAGAAUGAACCAAGGACAAAGGGAGGGAACAGAGAAUCAAAAGUAGAAAGCAGAAGGGAGGAAUUAGUCCAAAAAGGAGAAUUGAAUGUUCCUGGGUAUGUUAGUCCAGAUAAAAGAAAAAGGACAUUUGUUAUGUUAUAGACCAAAGAGAAGAUAACCCCAUUGCUACUCCCAUUCCUCCUGGAGCAGGAUGGUGGGAAGAAGAAUUUGAAAAGAUUAAAUAGCUUCUUUCCACAACUAGAAAGUAGAAAUAUGAAGGACCAGGCAGAAAGCCUGCAGUCCUGGAAUCUGCUGGAGAGGAUAGACAGCAGGAAGGAAAGACCUGUUUUUGUUACUGAAAAGCCUUUCACAACAGUGAUGUAGGAUACUGCUUUCAACCUGAAUGCAGCUGACACAAUACCAGGAAUGGUGCUUAUGAGUUACUUCGGUUUUAGGAUCUAGCUUUUAAGUCUCUUGGACCACAAUCAAGUUUAGCUUGGACAUUUGUGUGUGGGUCUGCAACAGGAGAAAGGAGGAGGAGACUGCUGAUGAGCAACCGGGGACCACUGUAGGUCAUGAGAUGUCUGGACUGAAUUGGAAACCCUUUGUCUAUGGAGGCCUUGCUUCUAUUGUCGCAGAGUUUGGAACAUUUCCAGUGGAUCUUACCAAAACUCGCCUUCAGGUUCAAGGACAAACCAUCGAUGCUCGCUUUAAAGAGAUCAAAUAUAAAGGAAUGUUCCAUGCUUUAUUCCGGAUCUAUAAAGAAGAAGGCAUUCUAGCCCUGUAUUCUGGAAUUGCUCCUGCUUUACUAAGACAGGCAUCCUAUGGCACCAUCAAGAUUGGCAUCUAUCAAAGCUUGAAGCGUUUGUUUGUAGAUCGUUUAGAAGAUGAAACGCUUCUAAUUAAUAUGAUUUGUGGGGUGGUUUCUGGAGUGAUAUCGUCCACUAUAGCCAACCCCACCGAUGUGUUAAAGAUUCGAAUGCAGGCCCAAGGAAGUUUGUUCCAAGGCGGGAUGAUUGGCAGUUUCAUCGAUAUAUACCAGCAAGAAGGCACAAGGGGUCUGUGGAGGGGUGUGGUCCCGACCGCUCAGCGUGCUGCCAUCGUUGUGGGAGUGGAGCUGCCGGUCUAUGACAUUACCAAAAAGCACUUAAUAUUGUCAGGGCUGCUGGGAGACACAAUCUUUACCCACUUUGUUUCUAGCUUUUCCUGUGGCUUGGCUGGAGCGCUUGCUUCUAACCCGGUUGAUGUGGUGCGAACCCGUAUGAUGAACCAGCGGGCCAUUGUGGGCAAUGUGGAACUAUACAAGGGAACUUUGGAUGGCCUGCUCAAGACUUGGAAGAGUGAGGGCUUCUUUGCCCUGUAUAAGGGAUUUUGGCCAAACUGGCUCCGCCUGGGCCCCUGGAACAUUAUUUUUUUUAUUACCUAUGAGCAGCUUAAGAGGUUUGCCUUUUAGAGGCAAGCGACGCUGCUCAUAGCUCACGUGUGUGUGAGCCCAGUGCUGCCAACCCCACCAUCUUUUCUCCUGCUCCCUGUGUUUUGGCGCACUUUUGACAAGAAUCUAUAUAUCUUCUGAGCACGUAGUUCCCGAAGGCAUCCUGGAUGAAGAAGACCGGAUGGUGCAAAGGAUUUGGAGUUGUGUUUUGUGUUUGUGUUUUUAUGUGGUUGGCUUUUUCAUGAAGUAAAGUGUCAAAAGUGAGACUCUCUGGCCCCAGACUGGUAUCUUCUGUGAAGAUGGAUACUAACGGGGGAUUUCAAAUUUGACUUUCCUCCCAAGUUGGGUCCAAAUGUAGUAAGAUAGCCCCUGCCUUGGGGGAGAGCAGAAGGCAGAGGCCAGGGCAGUUCCUGCUGUUGUAGUCUUGCAGAUCUUGUUUCCCAUUAAAGUAUUUAUUGACAGGA